AUGGAAGAAAAUCAAAAUUUAGAGGAGAACACCUAUUCACAAGAAGAAGUAGAUCGUAUUACCUAGGAAUCCAUCGAAAGUGUCUUAAAAGAAGUGCAAUACGAGGAAUCAAAGGUAAAAUCGACAUGUUGACUUCUAGGUACAAGGUUGGAUCAAUGCCAUUUGUGAAAAAGUUACACAAUAAUUAAUUGAAUUGGGAAAACCAUACAAGUAAGAAUUUGUUUAGAUGUUGAAGAUAUAUAGUUCAUUGCAUGAUUAUGUAAAGAAAUGGAGCUGGAGCAUUUGUUACAACUUCAUAAUGGUGGGACACUGUAGCUGAUGGAUAAAUUAUCAUAUCUUGGCCUAAAGAUAAGCAAGCAAAACAAGAACAAUAAAAAAAUACUCUCCAUUGCAUUUGUAGUGUGUUUGCCGUAAGCAUGAUUUGA